AUGGAUCAAGAGGAUUGGGAGGAUGAUUUCAUUUUCAGUAAUCGAGAUAUUUUAGACGGCGAUGACGACGACGAUGAUGAUGAUGAUCCCCACGAUGACCUCAAUCAGCUCGAUGACCUCGAUCACCACGAUAUCCUCACCCUUGAUAGAAAAUUAAGCCUAAAGCCGCGUAACAGCAUCGAGUCCUCUCUCCACUCUUCUUCCUCUUCCUCUUUCAACCACUGUUACAGCUCACCGACGACUUCAAUCGAUGACGAUGGCCGUGGUGCACACGUUGUGGACGACGACGACGACGAUUUCUUCCAAGACAUCCACCUUCCUCAGAACAUAAACCUCCACUCAAGACUCCUCCAAAAUCUAAACAAACCUGACGAUUUGGAUGCUUCCGAGGAUUUGGAUUUAUCUCAAGACAUAAAGCUAUCACCGAGUAGAAUUCAGAAUUCCCUGCUCAAACGAGCUUCUGCCAAGAAACCGCGCUCUUCUGCACCUGCAAAGUUUACCCCUGCACCACCAAUCCGCUCUGUACACAGAAGAGGUUCUCUCUCUUCGAUUCCAUGCGAGCCUCCACAGUCUCCGUCAAAAAACACCCAACCAACUCUCCGCAACGCUAAAUCUACCUACAACCUCUCUCAAUCCAGACUGACUGCGCCUACUGCUUCUUCACUCGCCAAAUCUAAGCCACCCAAGACACGCGCACCCAAGACACGCGCACCCAGCUUUUCUAUCCCUGCUGCCCGCGUUGCUAUGCCAUCCACCGCAAAGCUCCUCACACGACCCAAGAAUUUGAAGAACCUCAAGCUCAACUCUAAUGCGCACUCGCAAUCCAACUCCAACUCCCACUCGAAUUCAAUCUGGGGCGACGGCAGUGAGCUGGAGCUUUUUGCCGAUUUGGAGAACGAACAGGAGCGUGAGCGUGUAAAUGGCAGUGGGGAUGAAUACAGCACCAUCAAAGCGCAGCCUCCCAACACGCUUACACGAUCCUCCUCACCCAGCUCAACUAGUUCGAUCAGAGGACAGCGGAUGCAGGUGCAGAUGCACAGACCUGCGACAGUGAGACAACGCCCAUCGUUGUUCAACACUUUUGCAGAUACACGAGAUACACGCGAGUCGAUUACGAGUACACAGACGCAGACAGAUGCACAUGCCCAUAGAACCACAAAACCUCAACCUCAACCACCACCAACUAUAUCACUGUUGCAGCGGCACACACACACUCAAGCAAUUGACUCGCACUCACACUCACGCUCCAACUCACCCACAACUAUACCCAACCUCCACUCCCACUCCACAGCCACGGCCCCAACACUAUCGUCAGAAGCCAAGCGGCGUGAGCGUGUGCUAUCGCCGUCCUAUGCGCACAUACAGGUGCAGAUGCAGCAACAUCAACAGCAACAGCGCUCCCUUUCGCCAAACAGUAACAGCAAAAGCCGUAACAACACAAAUACACACGCACACGCACCACGCACCAGGAAAACCCUCCGCAAAAGCCAUCGACCGACGCUGAUCAAGCAGCUGGGCAAGGAAGAGGUGCGCAUAGUAGGCGACAUGAAGUAUGAUCCGCUGACGCGCAAGUGGGAUGGCAACCACUACGAGCCUGCCCUCAGGGAGCUAGAGAGGGCAAAGGAAAGGGAGAGUGGCGGUGGGAGUAAGGGUGGUAGCGAGGGAGUAAGUGUGCGUCCAGCGCUAAUAACUCACUUUGGUGCAAAUAGAAGUAGGAGCAAUACCAAUAAUACCAGCAAUACAAACAACGUACACGAUAAUGCGCACUCCAUUGAUGGUAAAAGCACUACUAGCGACACCCCCCUCAACACCUCACAUUCAAAACCCCACUCCACCAGCUAUCUCAACCAACCGACCAAAGUCGUCGGCGAUAUGGUGUUUGAUCCGGUGCGUAUGUGCUGGCUCACUAAUGCGCAUGACGACGAGGAUGUCUUCGCCAAUCUCAGCAGCUCGUCUAGCAGCUCGCGCGGAUCGCAGCAGGUGCGCGAUCAGACUGCUAUGACGGUUUUGCAUCGUGAGGGUGAAGUGGAUGCUGCAAAUGGACAAGCUGCUCCUACAACUUGUUCAACUGCCUCCACCACUCCGACUCCUAACACCCCACACACCCCACACACUCCCUCCUUUGACACCCAACGUAAAAACAUAAAGGCUAUUAUACCCCCACAACUUAUAGAGGAGUCGGAUCACUCAGAGGAGACUCAUAAAUACGCCGUUCACGGCUGGGUGCCUCGCGGUGGCAUCGUCGACGAUAGGAGAUAUCUUUAUGAGAUUUAUGUCAUGAGCAAGAAAAUCGCGGCGAGAAGGUGA